GAUCGAUCCAUCUCUCUCCUACUCCACUCAGUUCCGGUUGAGAUUGUUAGAACUUUUAUCUUCAGUGUCGAUCCAAUAGUCCUCUACUUGCAACACAUUCGAUCUCUGCAUUCACGUAUUCCAUAAUUACACCCUUAUUCGACGUCCUUCACGUACUCACUCUAGACUCUUCUGCGAGCAUCUCCCGCACAUUUUCAUCGCCGGUCGAUCACGUCCAUUUAUCCAACCUUAUCUCAACUCAGCUUUCAUCUUUCAUCCAUCAGUCAUGGCCACUUUCACCACUUUCACCACUCUCACCACGUCCCUCCCCGCCACCCUCGCCCAUGCCAUCGUAUACAUUCUGCGCCCUCUCGUUAACCGUUACCCCGCGGCCACUCUCCUGAAGUUACAGCUCUCCCUCGAGGCGAACUUGACGGCUCAUUGCGCUAGAUCUUGGGUCCCCACCGAUCCUCUCCGUGGCUCCGGACGUCGCUGCCUCACAUUUACGACUACGCAGCCCCCUCGCCCCGUUCACGCCUCCUGCAGGGCUGCCAAUGUCCAAUGGUCGGAGUGGAUAGCUGCGCUCGGCGGUCUUGAAUUCGACCUAUUCAUUGACCCUGGUUGUGUCUCAGUUCGCUUCGGCAACUGGGGCAAUGGUCAGGUCGGCAAGCUCAUCACAAUUUGGUCAGACGAAUUGGAUUUGGCUGCAGCGGCAGCGAAGGUUCUUUUGCAGGAGCAGUCAAGGGUGCGGGAGAAUGCGUCGAUGAAGACUUUCGAACAGGAAUUGCUGCAAUUUGACGAGGACUCUGAAGAGGAGCUUUUUGCCAUCCUCGCCGAUGAGAUUCGUCAGCCUACACGGUUGACUCCAGUCUUCGGCUCAUUCCCGAAAAUCGUGUCUCCCCCAAAGUCCACUUCCCCUGUCUCUGCAACUUCGAACCAUUCCCGGUCUAGUUCUCGUUCGUCGAACUCCAGCUCUGGCUUGACUUUUUCAUCUGUCGACACGUCCUCCGAGUAUGCUUCCUCUGUCACGACCAUUUCAUCUGUCUCCACCGAGAAGUCUCAACUUUCUCGCCGUGAGCGAGCACGCCAGGCUCGUAUCUUCGUCGACUCCUCCAAGAACGAGGUGACAAAUUACGACGGUGGAAAGACGACAGUCCUGACUGGCGGAGUCAUGCUCGGAGCCCCCGCAAGGAUGAAGCCCGUUGCUCCUCCUACCCCCAGCGGCACAAAUUCUGCCUCAGUUGCGAAGCCCCGUGUUGGGCACGGCCCCAGCUCCAGUUCUAAUUGGCGCUCCCUCCGCUGUUAAGCGCAACGACUAGUGAUGAGCGGUGUAAACACCCGUUCCUCCAAUGUCUUCUCAUUUACGACUUAUUGAUCCGGUGCAGCGCACUCGACGCACAUAUCACGAAUGGACCGAUCGCCUUGACAUGGCUUUGAUCAUCUACUGUAUUCAUUUAUUCUGUCAACUGUUUAAUCCGCUGUAUCCACUUCACCAAUCAGUCGGCGAUUACCCCAGUGUCUCAUAGGUCACCAUUGUGUAGCAUUUCAUCGUACUUUGUGUCGAACACUGUUAUCUUUCUCCAAUUUGUAAUGUAUGCAUCUGCUAAUCUCUAUGCAUUCUUUCAUCCUGGUUAUAUUUGUCUCUUUCAUUCCUUGGAUUGUCUCAUUAGCCCGUAUUUGCUUUCUUUUUUUGUAUGUCUAUUUGUUGAAAAAAAGCUGCCUCCCUCGAAAAGUGC